AUGUCACUUACUACUUGGAGGCAAUUUCAAUUUUUUGAAGUCACACCUAUUAAGGAUCCUCAAUUAGGAUCUGCCAACCCUCUUUACUCUGAUCCAACAUUAUCUGCAGCAGCUCCUUGUGGUAAAGGUCAAUUAGUAUUGGCUUUAAAAUCAACAAUUAUAACUUUAUUCAAUUUUGCCACUUCAGAGGUGGUCCAUUCUUUCCAAGCAGUUCCCUCUGAUUAUCAUAUUAAUUAUUUAAAAACAAUUCAAAAUUGGUUAGUAGCCAUUGCUGAAUGUAAUGGUAAACCCACUCUAAUUAAGAUAUGGUCAUUAAAGAAAAAUUUACCUAAGGACCAUACUUCUUACUUGACUCAAGUGGAAAUUAAAAAUGGAUCUAAUACUUAUCCAAUGUCAACAGUCUCAAUAUCAGAUGAUUUGUCAUGCAUAGUGACUGGGUUUAUUAAUGGGAAAGUCAUCUUGAUAAGAGGUGAUCUGGUGAGAGAUAGAGGCUCUAGACAAAGAAUCAUUUACGACGACCCAUCACAUGAACCAAUCACUUCUUUAAUAUUGAAUGAUUUGGCAACUACUUGUUUUGUAGCUACUACUUCUUCUACUUUCCUUCUAUCAACAAGUGGUAGAAAUAAUGGUAAACCAGAAUUGAUAUUAAACAAGUCACAAGGGGUAGAUUUACAUUGUAGCACUUGUUCUAAGGCUUCAGGGGAAUUCAUUGGAUGCUAUAAUGAUGGUUCAUUGAACUUUUAUAAAGAAUCAGGUGAAUUACGGAAAUUACAAUGUGAUUUUAAAAAUAUUAAAAGAUUAUUUUCCAUUGAUAAACAACAUUUGCUACUCUUAACAGAGAUAAAUUCUAAUUCAGCUUCUAAUCCCACUUCUAAUGGCCUAGCAAAUGCAAAUACCAUUAGGGCCACCGUUACUGCUACCAAUAAUAAUAAUACUCAUUCUAACAGAUUAAUAAUUAUGGAUAUUGAAAAUAAUGUAAUUUCUUUAAAUAUUUUCAUACCUUCCACCAUUAUUGAUAUUUUUUUCUUAGAUAAUAAACAUUUAUUUCUAUUAACAGCUGAUGGUACAAUCUUUAAUAUCGUUAAAAAACCAAUUAAAGAACAACUAGAAAUCACAAUGCAAAAGGAAUUAUUUCCCUUCACCUUACAAUUGGCUUCGAAAUUUGGAAUUGACAAGAUGCAAGUUCAACAGAUACAUAAAAGAUUCGGUGACUAUUUAUUCGAUAAGAAGAAUAAUAAAGAUUCGGCCAUAAAACAAUAUGUUCAAUGUCUAGAUGUUGUAGAUAUAAGUGAAAUGAUUUCAAAAAUUGGUAUCCAAGAUUUUUCAAAUCCAGAUAUUAUGCGCAAUUUGUCUGAUUAUUUAUGGGCAUUAUUAAAGGAUAACAAAUCUAAUUCAGAUCAUAUUACUUUAUUAUUAAUAUCAUUAAUUAAGUUAAAAUCUGUUGAUGAAAUCGAUUAUUUUAUUGAGCAUUUCACGAGGUCAGGUGAAUUUUCAGAAGAGGGUUUAAAUAUUGAUUCUGAUAUAAAUGAUGAGGCUUAUUUUUAUUCAAAUAAAAAUUUAUUUGAUCUAGAUUUGAUCUUAACUUCUUUAAUUGAUUCAAAUUAUCAUUUACAAUCGUAUAAAUUAUCCAAGAAAUUUUCAAAAGACCCAAAUACUUUAGUUGAUAUUCUGUUAAAUACAAUGGAUAAUCCAAUGGAAGCAUUAAAUUAUAUAAAAACAUUAUCCAUUGAUGAUACUCUAAGAGUUAUUGUAACUUGGUCUAAACAAUUAUUAGAGCGUUUACCAAAUGCUACUAAUGCCUUGUUAAUUGACGUAUUUACAGGAAAUUAUAAACCAACUAAGCUAACUGACAAUAUAUCAAAUGAAAAUCAAUUGGAUAAACAUGAUCAUGGAAACAAUCAAUCAGAAUCAAUUAAAAGAGCUUCAACUACGGACACAUUUAAUGAUAAAAAUAAUGUAUUUUAUAGCUAUAAUACAUUUGUAUCAUAUAUGAAUAAAAAAAUGGGAAUUGAAACCGAUGACUCUACAUUAAUACAACGGGAUCCAAAUUUGACAACUUAUCACCCUCCAAAGCCAUCUUUAGUCUUUAACUCUUUCAUAAAACAACCUUUUGAAUUUGUUGUUUUCUUAGAGGCAUGUUUAGAAAGUUAUAGAACUUAUGAAGGUGCUGCUGAAGAUAAACAAAUAAUUUAUACUACAUUAUAUGAUUUAUAUUUAUCUUUGGUUAAGGAUGAUCCACAACGUAAGGACGACUGGCAUUCAAAGGCAAUAAAUAUUUUGAAAGAAAGUAAUAAAUUGGUUAUUUCAACAAAAAAUUCUUCUCAAGAUAAUAAAAAUAAAAAAGCCCCAUCACAAUCAAAUGAAAUGGAUAAUUCAUUGAUGAUGCUAAUUAGCCAUAUGAAUGACGUAGAUUUGUUUAAUCUGUCAGAAGAUGCAAGCACCCUAACAGGAAAUAAAGAUUUGGAAAGCAUAUUUAGGUCUAUGAUAUUGCUUGAAGAACCUUCGAAAUGUUUACAAUUUUUAAUAAAGCAUUGUGAAGAAGAACCUUCGCUAUUUACAGUUGCAUUACCAUUUUUCAUUUCUUCUACAGAAAUCCUGGAGAAAAUGGGAGGCGAGUCUGUUCUUGAAGAAAAGAUUAUUAAGCCAAUACUGAAUAAAAGACUAUUAUCUGUAUUAGAUAUAAUUCAAAUACUAAGCGAAACAGAUGCAGUUACUUUUGGGAUAAUACAAGAUUUAUUAAUAAAUUAUGUAAAUGAAGAAGAAUCGGAAUUUAAGAAAAGUGAAAAAUUAAUCAAAUCCUAUGAAGAUGAGUUAGAUGAGAAGAGGAAAAAAUUAGCAUCUUUAACUCAAGAUGAAACGCCAACUCAAAUUAGAAUUAAAAAUGAAACUUGUCGUAUGUGUCAUUCAUCUUUAGAUUUACCAAUUGUAUUUUUCAGAUGUAACCAUAUUUACCAUCAAAAAUGUUUGAAUGAAGAGACUAAUUUUAAAGAUGGAGAAAAACUAUUUAGAUGCCCCAAAUGUGUCAUUGAUUUACAAACAUCACAAAAAUUGGUCUCUACACAAAAUGAAAUAGCAAACCAAAGUAAAAUAUUAGAGACAAUUCUAAAUAAUACUUCUAAAAAUGGUGAUAGAUUUAAAGUAAUCACCGAUUUUAUAGGUAGAGGAGGAUUAGAAUAUUCUCAAGUUCAAAUUUAA